CUUCAUUUUCUUCACCAUCUUCUGCAGUAAACAGUAUUUUUCUACAAGUUGUCCAUAGCUAAUGUGCAAAUAGUGGAAACUUUUGUUCCGUUGAUCAAAGCACAAAUGAUAACAUUGAACCAAACAUAAGAUUUUACUAGCCUGUUCUGUCUCUAAUAACAACAAACAUUGUAUCACAUCUACCCUUCUCUUUGGAUUCUCAAAAUGGAAAUGGAGCUUGACAAGCACCCAUCGUGCAUGCUUCUAUUUAAAGAAGGUUCUAUGGAUAAAAUACAAAUGCCGUCUGAUUUUGUGAAAGAACACAAGAAGAUGUUGGCUAAGACUUGCUUACUGAAAACCGAUGUACUAGCUGGGAUGUCAUGGGAAGCAAAAAUAGAGAAAGAAAAGCCGAAUUACUUCAUAUGUGAAGAAGAUUGGCCACAGUUCGUGGUGUAUCACAAGCUGGAAAUAGGGGACUUUUUGCGCUUCUUUCUUGUCGAUAAAUCAACGUUCCAUGUCCUUCUCUACUCCCGGAAACAUAGUAGAAAUCUUCGAUUUUUUGAGGACCUCAGCAGUAGUGAGGAAGAGGAAGAGGAAGAAGAAGGGGAGGAGGUAGAAAUAGUGGAAGAGAAAGAAAAAGAGGUAGAGAACAUUGAAGCUUCAAGAAAAUCGAAGAGAGUAAAAAUGGAGCCAAUAGAUAUAGUAUCAGAUACUGAGGAAGAGAGGGGUGAUCCAUCAGGUGGCUCCAAAGAUAGGGGAAAUUCAUGCUAUCCAUAUUUAGGUAACCUUGACCUCUUUAUACAUUUGGUCUAUUUGAUUGUUUUCAGUUUAUCUAUUCAUCCAUGAGAUCGAUGACAGACAUAAUGUGACCAAAUGAUGCAUAUAAAUCAUACCGGCUAAUUGGGGUUAAGUCUUAAUUGUUGUUGUACUUGUACUUAAUAUUGCCAUUUCUGGACAACUUUAAAAAAA